CUCUGCCAGUCACCCAGCAGCCCUCCGGAGCCGCCGUGUCUGCCAGAGCUUCCCCCCCGCUACAUCCACGUUUAGCCAUUCAAGAUGCCUCACGAAUACCCAGCCCUGACCCCUGAGCAGAAGAAGGAGCUGUCAGACAUCGCCCAUCGCAUUGUGGCUGCUGGCAAAGGCAUCCUUGCUGCAGAUGAAUCCACCGGCAGCAUUGCCAAGCGCCUGAGCUCCAUCGGCACGGAGAACACCGAAGAGAACCGCCGCUACUACCGGCAGCUGCUCUUCACUGCCGAUGACCGCGUCAACCCUUGCAUCGGCGGCGUCAUCCUCUUCCAUGAGACAAUGUACCAGAAGGCCGACGAUGGCCGCCAGUUCACCAAGGUCAUUAAGGAUAAGGGCGCCGUGGUUGGCAUCAAGGUUGACAAAGGUGUUGUGCCCCUUGCUGGAACUAAUGGAGAGACCACCACCCAGGGUCUGGACGGUUUGGCCGAACGCUGUGCCCAGUACAAGAAGGAUGGAGCUGACUUUGCCAAGUGGCGCUGCGUCUUGAAGAUUACCCCAACCACCCCAUCCCAUCUGUCCAUCAUCGAGAACGCCAACGUACUCGCUCGCUAUGCCAGCAUCUGCCAGCAGAACGGGAUUGUUCCUAUUGUGGAACCUGAAAUCCUCCCCGACGGCGACCACGAUCUCAAACGCUGCCAGUACGUGACGGAGAAGGUCCUGGCUGCUGUGUACAAGGCCCUGAGUGACCACCACGUUUACCUGGAGGGAAGUCUGCUCAAGCCAAACAUGGUGACGCCCGGUCACGCUUGCACCAAGAAAUACUCUGCUGAGGAGAUCGCCAUGGCAACUGUCACUGCUCUGCGCCGCACCGUUCCACCCGCCGUGACUGGCAUCACUUUCCUGUCCGGUGGCCAGAGCGAGGAGGAGGCCUCCAUCAACCUGAACGCCAUCAACAAGUGCCCCCUGCAAAAGCCCUGGGCCUUGACCUUCUCCUACGGCCGUGCCCUGCAGGCUUCUGCCCUCAAGGCCUGGAGUGGAAAGAAAGAGAACACCAAAAAUGCCCAGGAGGAGUACAUUAAGCGUGCUUUGGCCAACAGCCUUGCUGCCCAGGGCAAAUAUGUUCCAUCUGGCCAAGGUGGAGCCGCUGCCAGCGAGUCCCUCUUUGUUUCCAACCAUGCUUAUUAAAAUCUGAGGCCAGAUUGCGUUGUCUGCUCUCACUUCUGUUUGCUGCAUCGUGCCUGAGCUACCGU